CUGUGUGUAUACGUCAUGUCACCUCGAGCGCACCUACAUGAUAAUAUAAAUAUUAAUUUGUAAUUUUUUUUUUUUUUUUUAUUAUUAUUUACAAAUAUAGUUAUUAUUAUUAUUAGUAGUAAAUAUAAUAUAUAAACACUACUGAAUACUGUAUAGACAUAAUGUUAUGUAGUAGUAAUCAGUAACUGUCAACACAGAAGAUCGAACGUAUCUAUAUAUUUUAAUAUCGAUAAAAAAUAAGAAAUAAAAUUAUUAAUAAUAUAGUAUAAAAAUAAUAAUCGCACGCGAUAACGGCGUUACGGUUGUUGUUUUAGUUUGGUGAUGAUCUACUCUUGGAAAUGAAUUUAAUUAUUUCGUUAUGGAAAUGAAUGAUCGACGCGCCACAUAAUAAUAAUAUUAUUAUUAUUAUAAGCAGCACACACGGCAGUUGUACGACACACACAUGCACGUCGUACACACACACAAUCUCAGCUGACUAUCACGUCCGGUUGAUCGUCCAGCGAUGCCCGUCGAUUUGAAAUUCGCGAUCGUCGACGGCAACAAAUCGUCCGCGACCUCGACGACGACGGCGGCAAAGAACAGUCGAUGAUCGACGCUAACAGGCAGCCGCAGCAGCAGCAGCAGCAGUAGUCCCGAGUCCGUACCAAUCUCGCGGUAAGUGGCCGCGACGCGCUCGACCGGAGUAGUGAUAACCGCUCUCGGUCAAAUCCUCUUAUUGCGUACUUUCGUCAUCGCCGCCGUCGCUUCCACUAUGUCGCGCGCGCGUGACUCACACACGUCGUUCCGUCAUUGACGGUGGGCCCCGCCGUGUCGCCAACACACAUUACACACACGGUCCGACCGCGACACACCGCGUCCUCGCUCCGCCGGUCCUUAAGGCGAAUGUUGGUCCGACCGUCGUAGUGGUGUCCCGUACGACUGACCUGACACUGCUUGUUUUUGUCUGUUUUUCCGGCACGGCCGCAGACCGCUAUGCCGUUCCCGCCUCCUCCGCCGCCGCCGCCGCCGGCCCCCACAGCCCUGUCGGGCCCACCGCCGCCUCCGCCGCCGUCCGGGCCGCCGCCAAUGUUCGGUACGGGUGCGAGCAAGAAGGGCGGCAACAACCCGCUGCAGGCCAGGGACCAGCUGUUGCAGUCCAUCAGGCUCGGCAAGCCCCUGAAGAAGACCGUGACCAACGACAAGAGCAGCCCGCUCAUCAACAAUUCACCAAAAACACCUGUAAAAUGUAAUGGUACUGUAAAAAACGGAGAAAUGAGUUCUAUAGCUGCACGAACACCUAAUGGCUUAGCAGAGUUGUUUGCUGGAGGCAUGCCUAAACUUAAACCGACUGGAUUAGCUGUAACAGGACAAUCAAGAACUCAAAUGCCACCAACUAAUAAUUUAUCACCGGUCUCAUUGUUUAAUCAAACAACUGCAAACCUCUCUCCUUCUAAUACAAGUACUCUUCCAUUACAGAAAAAAAAUGAUGGCAUAAGAAAAAUUCAAAAUGAUAUUAAACUAAGAGGACCACCUCCGCAACCACCACCUUUCAAUCAAAAACCAACUAUUCCUUCGAGUACUUCUGAACCUGUUUCAAUAAUACCACCUGGCGCUGGUCACAACCUGACAGGUAGUGUCCCAAGUCUUGUGUCUGAUAAUGCGGCAGGCAGAGGUCCUCCACCAGGUGGAUAUGGCAAACCAAAUGUAGCCCCCAAACCACCAUCUAUUAGGCCAGCUGUGCCCACAAAAAAAUCAACGUUGACAGUUAGUUCAACUAAUUUAGUAACUGCAGCUGAUGGAAGAAAUCAUGUAUCUAGGGCACAAAGCAUGAGGAUACCAAAAACACCUCCAGUUGCUCCAAAUAGUCAACCACCUCAAUUCAAUAACUUGACCAUUAGUAGUAAAAAUCAAUUACCUGCUUUCCAUCAAUCACAAGACAGUAUUUUGAGGAAUUCUCAGAAUCCUCCACCAAAUGCCCAAUGGGGAUCACGAACAUUACGGCCUAUUAAACAUCCAAAUACUAGGCCACCACCUCCACCCAUCAAGGCACCAUUGAAUCCACCAGUGUGUGCUCCACCGCCACCACCACCUCCACAUAGAAGUGGGCCUCCUCCACCACCACCAAAUGUACCCCCUCAUAAAAGCUACCAAAAUAACAAUGUAACUAAUGGAGCUCCUCCAACACCUCCAACACGUCAUUCUUCUAUGCGAAAUGGUCCAACUUCUGUUUUAAGCAUGUCCUUGUUGGAGGAAAUGGAAAUGAAGUUUUCUACUAUGUUCAAACCAUUGGUUAGGAUUCCAUCGCCUCCAAUUUUCCAAAGAGUCGAUAAAAUUUAUAAUAGCAGACUAGUCGUUGCAAAACACCAAGCUCCUAAGCCACCAGGCUAUUGAACAGUAAAAUUUGUUUUGCUCAAGUGUGAGAAAUUUUGGAUUUAUAUUCCAAUAAUUUUACUUUCUACAUAGGUUUGUAUGUUAAAUAAUUUUUUCCUCAAGACAAAACUAUAUUUUUGCUUGUAAAAGUACAAUAUUAUUUCUUUUAAACCAAAGGCAUUAUUGUGAUAAAGAUAAUUUGAAAGUAUCAUUAAUGGUGAAGAAAAAGAGAAAAGUAUUUAUUUUUGUUUUUACAUGAAUUAUUCCAACAAUAACUAUACAGUACUAUUGUUAUUGAUAUUAUAUUUUUAGAUAUACAUUUUAAGUUUAAAUUAUAACAUUUUGAAAAGAAACAAUUUCCCCAAAAAUUUGUGAUAAUAUUUUUGCACUUGUUAUUGUACUAAAUGUGCUUUUAUUUUUAUACUUAAAAACCAAGAUUUUUUUUUUAAUGUAAAUUAACCAAGUUUAUUAGUCUGUUUUUAUGGCAUGUAUCAAUAAGAAAAUAUUAUUUUUUCAAAAUUAAUUUGCCUAGUUGGCGUUAAAUUAUACCAUAUAGGACAAUAUUCAGUCAAUUUCUUCUGUUUGUUAUUAUGAUUACAUUUUGCUAAAAAGGGGGGUAAUAUAUAUAUUUUUAUUUUAUGAUAAACUAUAUUACAUUAUUAUUUAUUGCAUACAUUUUUAUUUUACUUAAUCUCUCCUAGUCAUAAAUUUAGAUAAAUAAUUGUGUGUACACUUGCAUUGUAUAUAAUCAUUAGGGAAAGGGAUAAUGAAAAUUUUAUAGUUGAAUGAAAUUUAUAAGGUAAAUAUAAUCAAAAAAAACCAACAUAAAUUUCCAUGAAAUUUGUUUGGUCUUUGUAUCAUUAAA